CGGCGAACUCCUCAGACGGGACAACCCACCCCUCUUGACAGGCGCUGAGGAGGACACGGACGUGGGACCGCCCGAGAGCCCCCCUCUGGGUCAGGUUUCCGAUGUCCGUGAAAGUCAAAGACUUGAAAAACUUCUCCUCCGCAUCCGUGGGUGUCACUUUCUGUUUCCUCCGGAGAGCGGCGGCAUCGUCUUCAGCAACAACUCCCUCGUACACCGGUGUCUGUCCGACAGUCGAGAAUGCUCACGGGAGCCGAGAGUCCGGAAAUGAUGAUGAUGAUAACAACGAUGACAACGCCGAUGAUGAUGAUGAUGAUGAUGAUGAUGAUGAUGAUGAUGAUGAUGAUGAUGAUGAUGACGGCGCUGAUAAUGCCGCAAAUGAAGAUGAUGAUGAUGAUGAAGGUGAUGACGACAACUGGCGUCUUCGUGUCUAUUUCUUUGCCCGGGCGCGAUUGGUCACAGUCUAUUUGAUGGCAAUAGCAGCAGCCACUAUGGUGUGUGGCUGUUAUCUGGUCCUCGUACUCACAGCCUGCCGGGGAUCAGCUCAUAGAACCGGCGUUAGGAGUCUUGCCUCCGAGCCCAGCUGGCACGCGGAUGAUCGCCUUCUUCAGGAGUCGACGAGUGCCGCUCCAGCGACACCGCAGAAAGAGCAGCAGAUAGAGUAUUCCCCGUUUGUAAACGGUUCCGUCACGCGCGUGACGUUGCAUACCCCGCGGGCGAAUGAGACGGCGGGGAAAGAUUGCCGGUCAGUAAUUACGGACCUGGUGGUAGGCUCGGGUGAAUUGUAUUAUAUCCUGCACCAGUCCUGCCCAGUGGAUGGUAUUCUCGAGGGUCGGGCGUUGUCGAUUAGGAGACUGAACUUAUCGCAGGUGCAGGACGGCAACGGUUCGAGCCCGCAGGAGGAGGACGACUCCUUGAUAAGUUACAUGUGGCCAUUCGGGCAGCCGAACGGGACAAUAAUCCGCGAACCAGCGGAUUUUGGAGAUGCUCACGUGACAGGAAUGGGUCUGUCGAAAGAUGGGAUGCAUCUCGUCUUGAGCGUAACCAAUGGGGACCCAAAAGUAAUAUGGGACAGUGGAACCAUAUCGGGUGACCAAAUUCGCUCCAGGUUCACAUCUUUGUCGCUCGCUGACGGCUCUCGGUCGUCCUCCGACCCAUUGAGCAAAUUGGUCCAGGCGUGGGCGUUAGAGUCUAACAAGGGUUUUCUUUACUAUUUGCAACUUGAUUCUGCAUUAAUUAACGUCACCGUGAACGAUGUCGGGCUUCCAAACGGCCCUCUGAACCAGGUAACCCGUUUGGGCUUUCAAACGGGUAUCGAUCCUGACGAGGAGUUCCAAUCUGGAAGCCUUCUCUCUGAGGGCAAUUGCCUUUACUCCGUGACUUCUAAUGGCGAGUUGUUCGGGAGGGAGCUUGGGGAUGGACAUUUCGACCAGUCUUCAAUCGCACCCCCUUUCGUUCCUUUCCUGGGGAAAGAGAUGGACGUGGUUGCAACGCCUCAAGGAUGUCACGUGUUCAUGACCGCAAACAACACAGUUCUGGUCUUCAGCUUCUUCAGAACGACCGAAAGCACAUGCGGCCAGCCGAGAGAGGUGUCUCCGCUCCCACGUUAUUUCGGCGAAGCGGAUGUUAUGGCAUUGGCACUUGGUGACAACGGCGACGGCUUAAGCCUCUAUGUUGGAACCAGCGAUGGCAGCGUUUAUCGCGUUCCGCUAGACAGGUGGGAACUCAGCCGUUGUGAACAGAAACCGUACAUGGAAGGAGACAGCGACAUCUAUCCCAUCCACGGAUAUACACGUGCACUGAUUUUUUUUCCGGUUAAUCUGCCUCCGUCAGGACUCGCAGGCGUUAUCUAUUUCAUAUUAGUUGUUGUACCCUCGCUGUUGGGUACUUCAGUAAUCUACACAUUUAUAUAUGCUCCUCUGAUAUUUAUGUUUAUAGCAAUAGCAAGUUGCAUCGCGUUUUGCGUUCGUGGUUUUCGAAAGCGUCGACGUCGAGCUCUGGAACAGGUCAGUAAUAACCAUGCCGUUAACAACGGCCGGCCGACGACUUCAUCCGUACAGGACUGCACUGCUAUGGAUUUCUGGGGACUGAGGCCCUCCCGCGUCAAGCAGUUUGGUUGGAAACUGCUGUCGGAUUGCACGGAGAAUUUUAGCGACACCUAUCGCAUCGGGGACAAAGGGGCGUUCGGGAAAGUCUACAGGGGCUCGCUCGAUGGCAAGGACGUGGCAAUCAAGGUGAUGACCGGUGAGCUGACGGACGUGAAACGGAACCAGUUCGUGGCGGAGGUAAACACUCUCAGUGCAGUUAAUCACGUCAAUCUCAUCCAGCUCACUGGUUACUGCCAGGAGGGCAACCAGUGCAUCUUGGUGUACCCGUACUUCAGAGGCGGAUGCUUGCACGAGCGGCUGUUCCCUCACACUUCUAACCAGAGGGAGCUCGCAGAGGAUUCCCCUCCGCCGCUCCCUCUCCAGGAGCGCAUGAGCAUUGCCUUCCAGAUUGCCAGGGGACUCCAGUACCUACACGAUGAUGCCAAGCCUCCCAUCAUUCAUCGGGACAUCAAGAGCAGCAACGUCCUGCUUGGCGAUGGCUGUGGGGACAAACUUUACGUAGUCGUCGCUGACUUCGGAUUGGCGGCCAUCGGGGAGAGGGUGCUGGACACAGGGCACGACCACGUUGUGAUCACAUCGCACAUUGGUGGCACCUUCGGGUACAUGUCGCCGGAGUACAUGCUGAGGGGCGAGCUGUCCGAGAAGAAUGAUGUGUACUCGUUUGGGGUUCUCGUACUGGAGCUGCUGACGGGAAGGAAGGUGGUCACACGGGCGCCGUCUGGGGUGGGAUGGCAGACACUGGUGGACUGGGUGAAGCCUUUCCUUCGGGCCGACAGUGAAACAGCCCAAGACCCGAGCCUGGACAUGCCACGUGCUAUUCUUGACCGCUGUUUGUGGGAUCAGAUGGCGGGAGACUCUACGACGCAGAUGGUGAUGAGCACUUUCAGACUGGCGUGGGAAUGUGUCCAUGAGGAUUAUGGGUCACGGCCGGCAAUGCGAGCUGUUGUGCAGCGCUUCCACAGCAUGCUUCUCGAUGUAGGAUGGGACUUCUUGAUCAGAACAAUGGACAUGGAGUACCUUCUGGCGAUGUCAGAGGCAGAGCAUACCAUCUGCAAGGACGAUGAUGCUGCGUCACAAGAGCAUCACAAAGUGCUCCUAGAGUGAGGGAAAGUAUGAGAACUGAGAAAUUCAAUAGCUCCUGACCUGCUUAUUAACUGUUACAUGGAAGGUGUUCUGCCUUGCGCACAGCCAGCACGCUGGAAGGUGUUGAAAUCUUUCACUUGCUGGCAGGUGAAAGUCACUGUGCGUGCCAAGACCUGAAACUGGUAAUAUUUCGAUGUGUGCAGCAUUCAUUAGAUUCAGCGAAAGGUAUCUUAGAGCAAGACCGGGUAUGCGCUGGACGUCUUGCCAUCAUUGGCUGUCGCAGACGUGUAAAAGUGUU